AUGGCAUCGCAAUUCAUCAACUGGAUCAAGUCGCCUGCUGGCAGACAAUACUUCUUCUCUACACACUUCUGGGGACCUGUCGCCAACUGGGGCCUUCCACUCGCAGCAAUCGCCGAUCUGUCCAAGGAUGAAGAGAUGAUCUCCGGUACCAUGAGCACUGCACUGUGCGCUUACUCGACCGUGUUCAUGCGUUUUGCUUGGAGGGUGCAACCGCGAAACUACUUGCUCUUCGCUUGUCAUGCUACCAACGCUACGGCCCAGGCUGGACAGCUGAUUCGAUUCCUCAACUACAACAACUUCGGAGGAAAGGAGAAGCGCGCUGCCCUCCCAACAUCCCAGGUUGCAUCAGCAUAA